AUGAAUAGUUGUAAAUUGUUUACCAUCAUCAUUGCCAUUGUUUUGAUUAUUCAUCAAUGUUUGGCAAAUGAUGAUUACUAUGUUCAUGUCAACACUGGUCUCGGAGAAAUUGUCGGCAAACGAUUGAUCAUUGAACAAGUGAAUCGUUAUGUUGAUCAAUUUCUCGGUAUACCAUAUGCACAGCCACCAAUCGAUGAACAACGAUUUCGUCGACCACAACCAAUUGUUGAUGGUUAUGAUCAAAAACCAUUGAUGGCUUUAAAUUGGCCAUCAAAUUGUCGUCAAAUAGCUGUACCAAAAUUUAAUGAAUAUUCUGUCUAUUUGAAUCAAACAUUUCAAGAAGAUUGUCUUUAUCUAAAUAUUUGGUCACCAUCAUCACUUGAUAAUGCGAUGUCAUCGAACGAUGAUCAAUGUGAUCAACAGAAUUGUGAUAAUCAACAACAACAACAGCAGCAGAAAUUACGACCAGUAUUUGUAUAUUUUCAUGGUGGAUGUUUUCUAUAUGGUGGUUCUAGUCUACCACUUUAUGAUGGCAGAAUUUUUGCCGCAAUGACCGAUGCAUUGAUUGUAACGGUUAAUUUUCGUUUAUCCACUUUUGGUCUUUUAUAUGCAGAUCAUAUGAAUGAUGUUAAUGGUAAUAUGGUGUUAUGGGAUCAAAUAAUGUCAUUACAUUGGAUUCGUGAUAAUAUCCAACAUUUUGGUGGUGAUCCCGAUCAAAUCACCAUAGCCGGUAAUAGUGCUGGUGGUUGGUCAGUCAGUGCCCAUAUAUUAUCGCCAAUAUCACGUGAUUUAUUCAAACAAGCAAUAAUAAUGUCCGGCAGUGUACAAAGGCAAAUAAUGACGGCAGAAAAAGCGAAAAAAUUCUGGCUUGAUAAUAUUCGCCAUACAGAAUGUGCCAAUGAUCAAGAUGAAAAUAUUGAUACGGCAAUGAUUGAAUGUUUGAUGAAAAUGACACCAGAACAAUUGGAAAUGAUUCCAUAUUAUACUGGUAAUGGCUGUGAAUCUUAUUUGGUUGUCGAUGGUGAAUUGAUUCCCGAACAUCCGGUUGAAAUGCUGAGAAAAGGAAAUUUUAAAAAAAAUUUCAACGUUAUCAUAUCCACUGUUGAUGAAGAAACAUCUGGUCUACUUCAAUUCCUAGCCGGUUAUCUAAUGGGUGAAGAAAUUGGUCAAAAAUUUGCCUUUGAAAAUGCAGAUUCAUUAUCCACUGAUGAUGCAAUCAAAGUGAUUGCAAAAUUGUCCGGACAAUAUGUGACAAAAUCCCCUUCAUUGGAUGAUAUAUCCAAAGUAUAUUUCAAUGGUAUCCGUAAAGAUGAAGAUGAAAAUGUAUUAAGAAAAAUGGUGGGAAAAGCAUUCGGUGAUGUUUGGUUAGCAUGUCCAACAAUUGAAUUUGGACAAGAAAUGGCAAAAAAUUCCCAUAAAAAUGAUGAUAUACGUGUAUAUCAAUUGUAUAGUACAUUUAAAUUGAAUGAAAAACCAUUCUGUCCAAAAUGGGCCGGUACAUGUCAUAUGGAUGAUUUAUUUCCAAUGUUUGGCAUGCCCAUUCAAUAUCCCGAUCAUCAUCAUCAACGUGAACGUGAUAUUUCCAGAGAAUUUCUAUCAUUACUGUAUUCAUUUUUACGUUAUGGUCAACCAAAUCAAUCGGAACAACCAGAAUGGAAACCAUAUUCAAUGAUUGGCCAUGAUAAUGAUCGACAAUUAGUAGCACCAUCAUAUGAAUUAUCAAACGAUUAUCCAACAUAUCAAAAUUAUCAUUUAAAUCUACAUACUGUUCAAUGUAAAUUCUGGCAAAGACAUUAUUGAUGUGGUUGAAAAUGAAUAAAAAAAUUUUUUUUUU